AAGAAACACUGCUGCUCGACUUGUGUAGUCGCCAACUCCGUUAAUUAUUUUGAUUUAACAGCCAAACACCCUUAUCAGUACUUCUUUUUAAUUAGUACUUUAUUUCAGUGUUCUGUCCCUCCUUACAACUUCAACCACACAAAUUGAUAGAGAGAGAGAGAGAGAGAUGGCUAGAGAGAUGCAACACAACAGCAUGUACUUGGAACAGGCAGACCUCGAGGGAAAUGAAAACGGUGGAACUCACAAGAACCUGGAUGAUGACGGUCGACCUAAAAGAACUGGGACAUGGGUAACUGCCAGUGCUCAUAUCAUCACCGCUGUGAUUGGGUCAGGAGUGCUGUCACUAGCAUGGGCGAUAGCCCAGUUGGGCUGGGUGGCUGGGCCAGUUAUUCUCACGGCGUUCUCAUUCAUAACCUUUUUCACUUCUACUCUUCUCGCCGAUUCCUACAGGUCGCCUGAUCCUGUUACUGGCAAAAGAAACUACACUUACAUGGACGCUGUGAGAGCCAACUUAGGAGGCUGGAAAGUUCACCUCUGUGGAUUGGCUCAGUAUGUGAACCUCAUAGGAAUCACAAUAGGUUACACUAUUACGGCAUCUAUUAGCAUGGUGGCUGUUAAGAGGUCAAAUUGUUUCCACAAACAUGGACAUCAUGAAAAGUGCAAUAUAUCAAACUAUCCCUACAUGAUCAUCUUUGCUUGCAUCCAAAUCAUCCUCAGCCAAAUACCAAACUUCCACAAGCUCUCAUGGCUCUCUAUUCUUGCAGCUCUCAUGUCUUUCUCCUAUUCUUCAAUAGGUCUCGGACUCUCCCUAGCAAAAGUAGCAGGAGGGGGACAUGCAAGGACAAGCUUAACAGGAACUAAAGUUGGGGUGGACGUGACAGCAGCACAGAAGGUGUGGAAGGCUUUCCAAGCUAUCGGGGACAUAGCUUUUGCUUAUGCUUACUCUACCGUUCUUAUCGAGAUACAGGAUACCAUCAAAUCAAGUCCUCCUGAGAACAAAGCCAUGAAGAAGGCAUCCUUUGUUGGCAUCCUAACCACCACCCUGUUCUACGUCCUGUGUGGUUGUGUUGGUUAUGCAGCAUUUGGAAAUGAUGCACCAGGCAAUUUCCUCACUGGUUUUGGAUUCUAUGAACCCUUUUGGCUGAUCGACUUCGCCAAUGUAUGCAUUGCCGUCCACCUCAUCGGUGCCUACCAGGUUUUCUCCCAGCCAAUCUUCAGUUUUAUGGAGAGAAACUGCCACCAAAGGUGGCCGGAGAACAAGGUCAUAACAAGAGAACACGCCAUUUACAUUCCUUUUUAUGGUGUGUAUUACCUCAACUUGUUCAGAUUGGUGUGGAGAACCCUAUAUGUUAUAGUGACAGCAGUGUUAGCUAUGAUCUUCCCAUUCUUCAACGAUUUCUUGGGUCUCAUCGGAGCAGCCUCUUUCUGGCCAUUGACGGUAUAUUUUCCAGUUGAGAUGUACAUUGCACGUUCAAGAAUUCCAAAAUUCUCUUUCACAUGGUCAUGGCUGAAAAUAUUCACUUUUGCCUGCUUGGUAGUAUCACUCGCUGCUGCAGCUGGAUCAAUUGAAGGUCUAGUGAUCUCUCUCAAGGCCUACAAGCCCUUCCAAUCUGAGCAAUAAUCCAUUACCUUUACUCAGCAACAAGCUAAAACUAUUCAGUAGCAGAUAGGUCAUGUCUGUAUUUUCAUUACCUAUACUCCAUUUUCAAUCUAUUACAACUAGUAAAGCCUGCUUUCUUCA